CACCGCCUCUCAUUGGUCACGCCCCCCGCCCACCCCACUUGGCCACGCCCCUGCGGCGGCGCCCCUGCGGCAGCGAGGGGGGCGUGGCGUCGGCACGUCACGCGGCGGUGGCGGUGGGCGCGCGCCCCCCCCCCCUCCAUUUCCCCCCCCCCUUCACCCGUCAGCAGCCAUGUCGGGGGCGGGGCCUCGCCGAGGGGCCGGGGCCGAGCCGUCGGAGAGCAGCCCGGAGCCGCCCUCCCCGUCCAGCUCCCGCCCGCCCCGCUCCGACUCCAGCCCCAGCCCCAGCCCCAGCGAGCCGACCACGCCCCCUCCCGCGGGACACGCCCCCUCCCGCCAGCGGGGUGGGGCUUCCUCCCGCCACGCCCCCUCGGAGGCGGGGCUCCCAUGUGACAGGCACCUUGCGCUCUUCGAGGAGGAGCUGGCCACCCGCCCCCGUGUCCCUGCCAUGCUGCGCCGCAUCGCCCAAUACAGCGCCCUCAGCCCGGACAGUGACACGCCGCGGCGGGUGCUGGGGACACUGUUGGGGGUGGCGGUGCCGGCGCUGCAGACGCUGCUGGGGCUGGUGCUGGUGCUGCGGCUGCCCUGGGUGGUCGGCACUGGAGGGGUGCUGCAGGCCUGCUCCAUCGGCCUCCUCCUCAGUACCUGCGUGAGUGGGGCUGUGCUGACCGCCGUGUCGUUGAGCGCCAUCGCCACCAACGGCCUUGACCCCGGGGGCUGUUCCCUGGGGCUGCUGUCGGGGGCGCUGGGCCCCGAGGCGGGAGGGGCCGUGGGGCUCUGUGCCUUCCUCAGCGCCGCCUUCACCGCUGCCGCCGCCGCCCUGGGCACCGCCGAGAUCCUGCUGGCGUACGUGGUGCCGGGGGCCGCCGUCCUACCGGGCCGCGGCCGCAGUCGGCGCUUGAACAAUGGGCGUGGAUACGGGGCGGUGCUGCUGGCACUGCUGGGGCUGGGGGCUGCUGCCGGCCCGGCCACCACCGCCACCACCGCUGCUGCCACGCUGGGUCCUGCCGGGCUGGUGCUGGUGCUGCUGGGGCUGCAGGCAGGGGCCCUGCGCGCUGCCAUCAUGGGGGGCCCCCUGCACCCGCUCUGCUUGCCUGCCCAGCCUGGUGGCUGCCUCCAGCCCUGCCCCACAGCUCUGCCCCACAGCAUGGGCAACAAUGGUACCCAAGGAGCCACACGGGUGGCAUUCCCGGGGCCCAGCACCCAUCUGCUGGCACAGAACCUGUGGCCCCAUCCCCCCGAGGUGCGGGGGAGAGCAGCAGAGGGGGAGGAGGAGGAGGAGGGGGAUGAUGAUGACUCCUCGUUUGGGGUGCUGCUGGGGCUCAGCCUGCCCAUCACCUCGGGAGUGCUGUGGGGCUGCAGCCGCUGUGGGGAGCUGCGUGACAUCGCCGGCUCCAUCCCAGCUGGGAGCCUGGGGGCUGCCCUGGCCACCACCUUGGGCUACCUGAGCGCGGCGCUGCUGCUGGGGGCCUCCGUCGAGGGGCAGCUGCUGCGGGACAAGUUUGGCGCAUCGCUGCGGGGGACACCAGUGGCUGGGGUGGCCUCGUGGCCAUCACCGUGGGUGCCACUGACUGGGGCCUUGCUGUCGGCGGUGGGGGCCGGGCUGCAGGCGCUGCUGGGGGGCAGCCGGUUGCUGCGGGGCCUGGCCCGUACCCGCGCCCUCCCACUGCCACAUGCGCUGGGUCGUGGAUGGCUCUGGCCACUGGCAGCAACAGUGACCGUGGCUGAACUCGGUGUCCUCUUGGGUUCCCUCGACCUCUUGUCACCCGUCCUCUCCGUCUUCUGGCUCACGUCCUACCUGGGGUUGAACCUGGCCUGUGCCCUUCAAGGGUUGUUGCCCACCCCAGGAUGGAGCCCCCGCUGUCGCCUCUACCACUGGGCAGCGUCGAUGGCAGGCGCGGGGCUGUGCCUUGCACUGAUGCUUGUUGCCUGCUGGUACUGUGGGCUGCUCGCCCUCGGCAUCGGUGCCACUGCCUACAAGUACCUGGAGUACCGGGGGGCACAGAGCGAGUGGGGCGAGGGGCUGCGGGGUCUGUCACUCAGCGCCGCACGAUUUGCCCUCCUGCGCUUGGAGGAUGGGCGGCCACCUGCCGCAAGCUGGAGGCCACAGCUGCUGGUGCUGCUGAAGUUGGAUGAGGAGCUGCGGGCGACGCAGCCGCAGGUGCUGGCACUGGCGGCGCAGCUCCAGGCCGGGAAGGGGCUCACAGUUGUCGGCACCGUCAUCCCCGGGGAGCUGCCUUGUGAUCAGCCCCGUGCCCGUGCUGCUGAGCAGGCGCUGCGGGAGGGGCUGGCAGGGGCCGGGGCCCGCGGCUUUGUGCAGGUGCUGGUGUCACCGGGGCGGGGGCCAGGGCUGGCAGCGCUGGUGCAGGGCUGCGGCCUGGGGGCAUUGCGCCCCAACGCAGUGCUCAUGGGUUGGCCCCACGGCUGGCGCCGGCGCCACGACCCUGCUGCCGCACGGAGAUUCGUCGAGCUGCUGCGGGUGGCAGGGGCCGGGGCCCGGGCGCUGCUGGUGGCCAAGGGGCCACUGGGGACCGGGGCACCAGGGGGCACCUUGGACAUCUGGUGGGUGGUGGGCGAUGGGCGUCUGCUCACCCUCCUGCCCCUCCUGCUGCGGCAGCACCCGGCCUGGCGCGGGUGCUGCGUGCGGCUGUUCACGGUGGCGCUGCUGGAGGACAACAGUGUGCGGCUGCGGCGGCUGCUGGAGGCCGUGGCCCGGCGCCGGGGGCUGCCCGCACAGACCCACGUUGUGGAGCUGCAUGACAGCGACGUCUCUGCCUACACAUAUGAGCGGACACUGAUGAUGGAGCAGCGCUCGCAGAUGCUGCGCCAGAUGCGGCAGGCACAGGCCCCCAGCACAGCCGGGGAGGAAGAGGAGGAGGAGGAAGAAGGAGGACUGCCCCGGCGAGGACCCAGCCCGGGGAACGUGCGGCGCAUGCAUGCGGCCGAGCGGCUGAACGAGGUGCUGGGGCAGCACUCGGGGGGGGCCCGUCUGGUGCUGCUGGACCUGCCCCCCCCACCCCCCCGCGGGCCCCGGCCCCUCGACAACUACCUAGAGUUCCUGGAGGUGCUGACAGAGGGGCUGGGGCCAGUGCUGCUGGUGCGGGGGGGAGACAGCGAAAGCCCUGGGCCCUGAGCACGCCAGUACAGACCAGUGCUCCCAGUACGCACCCCAGCGCUCCCAGUAUGAUUCCAGCCUGAGCCACAGUUCUUCAAGCAUGAUCCCAGUAUGGUCCCUGCACUUCCCGGUAUGGACCCAGCAGCCAGCCAAGUCAGAUCUCAUUAUAGACCAGUACUCCAGUAUGGACACCAGUGCUCCCAGUAUGGACUCUAAGGCUCCCAGUAAAAUGACAGCCUGAGCUAAAGUAGGAUCCCAGUAUGGACCCCAGUGGUCCCAGUAGAGCACCAGAGCUCCCAGUACAAUGCCAGCCUCAGCUAUAAUUGAAGUGGGAUCCCAGUAUGGUCCAUAGUGCUCCCAGUAGAAUGCCUGCCUGAACUGCUGAUCUCCAAGUCAGAUCCCAGUAUGGAUCCCAUUGCUCCAGUCAAGCACCAGUGCUCCCAAUAUGGACCACAGCACUCCCAAUAUGAUGCCAGCUUGAGGUGCAGUUAAAGUUGGAACCUGGUAUGGACCCCAAGGCUCCCAGUUGAGCACCACUGCUCCCAGUCCAGAUCCAGGCCAUUGCCAGCCCCGUUGAUGCUAUUUGAUGAUUUGACAUUGGACGCUCCAUUCCCAGUUCUAUCAAUCAGCCACUGGUCCCAGUUCACUCCUGUCCCACAGCCUCACCGGGACAUCGCUCCCAUUGGGAAGGGACCAGACACAUCCAGCACCGGCACCGGCCCCCAAGCGCCCCGAGGGUGACAGCGGCGGCCCCGGCGCAGGGGGGACCCUCACGUCAGAGCCAUCGACUGCUCAGGCGAGUGCCCCAAGGCGGGGGGCGCCCCAUGGCCGUCGCGCAACCACCGCCCCGUUCUGUAGGCGAGCACAACGAGUGGGACGACUGAGGCAACCCCCCCCCCCGCCGCUCCAAGCUGGACCCUUCGAAGGGCUGCGCUCCCCGCAUCCACUGCUCCACACACGCAAUAAAGGCCGCGCUAAUUAUCGCUU